AUUUUUUUUAAGGCUGCACCUAAAUUAACUUCCUGCUCCUAAAGAACUUUUUUUUAUGAUCCUCAUGCCACUGUCACACAGGAAGUGACCAACAGGAAGUGCUCACAUCUAGUGUAACUCAGACAGGUGUGUUAGUACGGUAGUUGUGGCUUAAAAACACAAAGACCAGGGGCGGUGCAGAAACUGUUUGAGAUCCUCCUGAGCCUGUGUCGUUGAGGUAAAACUGAAGACCGAAGCGGAAUGGAAAAGACCGAACAUAGGCCGCACAGGGACCUGGUGCUGGGCGUCUACAUCGUCACCUUCGUGGCCGGCGUUCCCGCCAACCUCCUGGCGCUGGUUGCCUUCACCCGAAAAGUGCGCCAGAAGGCCACGCCCAUCGACAUCCUCCUCCUCAACCUGACCGUGUCCGACCUCAUCUUCCUCGCCCUCCUCCCCUUCAAGAUGAAGGAGGCGGCCGACGGCAUGCAGUGGAACAUGCCCUACUUCCUGUGCCCGCUGUCCGGCUUCCUGUUCUACGCCACCAUCUACAACAGCACCUUCUUCCUGACCGCCGUCAGCGUGGAGCGCUACCUGGGCGUGGCCUUCCCCAUCAAGUACAAGCUGAAGCGGCGGCCCGCGUACGCCGUGGUGGCCAGCGUGGUCUUCUGGGUCGUCUCCAUGUGCCACUGCAGCAUCGUCUACAUCAUGCAGUACUUCAAGCACGGCAACAGCUCGCAGCCCGCCCCGCAGGAGAGGAACACCUGCUACGUGGAGUUCACGGAGGCCCAGCUGGAGGUGCUGCUGCCCGUGCGCCUGGAGCUCUUCCUGGUGCUCUUCUGCAUCCCCUUCCUGGUCUGCUCCUUCUGCUACGUCAACUUCAUCCGCAUCCUGUGCCGGCUGCCCAACAUCAGCCUGCCCAAGCGGCAGCGGGCCAUCGGCAUGGCGCUGGGCACGCUGCUGGUCUUCGCGCUCUGCUUCGGGCCCUACAACGUCUCGCACGUGGUGGGCUUCGCCUCCCGGGAGAGCCCCCCCUGGCGCGUCUACGCCCUCCUGUUCAGCACCUUCAACGCCUGCCUGGACCCGCUCAUCUUCUACUUCUCGUCCUCGGCGGUGCGGGGCAUGCUCAGGAGCGUCCUGCGGGGCGCGGCGGGGCGGCUCCGCCCGUCCUGCGCGGGGGACAAGGCGCGCUGCUACCCCCACAUGGUCUGCACUGCCACCGAGGAGAGCACCCAGUGCUCCAACGAGACGUCCUGAGGCCGCCGCCGCGGCGCCGUGCCGGAAAAUGGGGUACGCUCUGGUUACCCCUCCCCCCGUCCAUUACACACUCCUCAGACUCAAAGACGCAAAAAGGUGACUGAAAAGAUACAACGCUCAUCCCUGGGACGGUACCCUACUGGUGCACUGAAACUGUACCUCCAAGCAAUGUGGUUUAAAUGAUUCUGUGGUGUGGGGAUGGCUGGUUUAAGCAGCCACACCUGCCCUGGGUCAAGCUAAUUAGACCUGGCCAAUUGGAUAAUUGGUGAAGAAUUAGAUAAUUGGCCAGGCUAAUUGGACCCAGGAACAGGAGUGGCUGCACCUGUGCGUAGUGAGGUAAUCACUGCGCACAGGUUAAAUCUGCCAUCCCCACCCACACCAGGCAGCUCUCUGUCAUGACAGGGUUUAACAUCUGCUCAUUUGGCUAUACCAUCUUGCCAAACCCUCGUGGAAUAAAUGUGGACUGUUUUAACAUCAUCUCCCUGUGUCUCUGUGCUGGAGGGCCCCAAGGAAAGCCACUUCGGUGGCCUGUGGCAGGCGUGUUUGCCACAGAUUCAUUUGUACUUUUUUUUUCUUUUCUUUUUUGCUUGCAGCAGGUGCCCAUUAGUAGCACCCGAAGAGCAUUAACGUACAUUUCAGAGCUCGUUUGGAAAGCUUGUUCCGGAAAGAACAAAGAUGUUCCGCCACCGGCUCCGUUAUUUCGGACAGUGCUCCUCCCGGGUUGUCGGUGUGGAGUUGUGGUUCUCCGCCCGCAGCCGGCUACAACCCCCCGCUCUCAGCACUUUUUCCGCCUCUCUCUCUCCGAAAAGGCGGUUCGUUUUUUUUACGGCCUGCGAGCGUCGGUAAAAUCACGGCUUGUGAGCCGCAGAUUUAUCUGCGCGAGGACCUUGCCGUCGUUGCGCGAAGCGGCUGCUGUGUCCAACGCUCGUCGGAUUUGUGUGCGUUUUAUCGUCCUCCAAAGGCACUUGCUCAGGAGAGAUUUAACAGUGCGCAUAAAACAAUUUUAUACACAAGGACAGAAUGUGAUGUGUACAUAAGCUGUAGGUUCUGUAAUGUAUGCGCGUACAGAUAUUUGUAUACAAAAUGAACGUGCUCUCAUGGUUUUAAUAUAUUGAUGCUAAUUCCACCUGUCCAGGCUUUAACAUUGUAAUCUAUUGAUGCAAUUGGUUAUUUUGAAACGUUAAAGGUAUAGAACGGAGUGCACCUUAUUUGUUAUUUAGUUGAGAAUACUUAUUUUAGAGAAGCUAAAACAUAAAACAUAAAAAGAUACAGAUGUUAAAUAUUACAUUUUUGCAUUCGCUGUCUGAGGUAAAAAGUCACCAGUGACCAGCAGGUCAAACAUUUAAGCCAAGUAAAUGGGUUCUUUAAGUCUGAUAGUAAUAGCCCGUAUUUAACUUAUUUCAUUUUUGGAAAUAGACAUUUCAUUGUAAUGGUAACCUGGUGUAUUUGACUGUUUCCUGAGUUAGUAUCAGGGGGAUUCAUCCUCAGAUCAAAGAAUGUUUUGGACCAAUCACAGUCAUCCUUUGCUUCAGAAUCUCAGGUGCUGAUUGGCUGAAGGGCUUUGAUGACUGUGAAAUAUAAUAUAAUUUAUAAUCUAUCACCUAUUGCCAGGAGAUCCCACUUCUUCAGAGGGGUACUUUGGGUAUUUAAGCGAUUACUCAUAGUUGCUGCUGGAUUAUGUAACAUAUUAGCACAAUAGUUGUAUGAUAUUUUCCUUUUUUUUCUUUUUUUUAAGCAAUAAAGAAUCUCAAACUUCACCCAAGAAGACAAAAAACUAAAUAAAAAAACCUAGGAUGUGGGGCUUGAUAGGACAGACUGCAAACACAGUUCUGGUCUGUCAUGUUUUACAGUGUAUGCUGCUUCUUCUAACAUUGUACAUUUUCGUUAUUGAUGUAAAUUUGUUUAAGUAUUCAGGAAUCUACACGUCAACGCCAAUGCACUUUAUGUUGCCUAGUGUAAGAGUUGUCAUAAUAACUUAAUAAAUAUGCAAUAAGUUUUGUA